GUGGCAGUCGUCGAGAUAAGCUCGCCCAACACGCAUACGGUCGGUAUGAUCGGCUCCGAAGCUGGCAAAUAGCCUGUCCACUGUUCUUCUGAGUCCAAGAGAUAAGAACAAGGCGUUGCCCUCACUUGCAAGGAGCCCCGGUCGCACAAAAUGGUAGCCUGCAUUGUCUUCUGAGCCAGGAGUCCAGCUGCCUGGUCACUACGUCAACCUCGGGGCCCAACUCAAGUAACUACGACAACAGCGACAAGGCCCAAUAUGUCAGACAAAUCCAAGGUGCACGACCUUGAGCGGACACCGUCGAGCCAAAUGGCUGCGCCAGACGACGCUGUGGAGCUCACCGCUGCCCAGAACCGCCACAUCCUCCUCAAGACGGACCUCGUCAUCAUGCCCCUCGCCAUUGUCUGCAUGACUCUGGCCUUCUUGGACAAGAACGCUCUCGGAUACGCCGCCCUCUUCGGCCUCAAGGAAGACAACCAUCUCCAGGGCCAGGACUACAGCUGGCUCGGCUCGGUCUUCUAUUUCGGCUACCUUGGAAUGGAGCUACCAAGCGUGUGGCUGAUCACCAAGGUGCCCAUUGGCAAGUUCAUCGGGGUCUGCAUUGUGCUCUGGGGAGUGGCGUUGUGCCUGAUGGCCGUGUGCCACAACUUUGCCGGCCUGGCCACGAUCCGCUUCUUCUUGGGUGUCUUUGAAGCUGCGCUCCUGCCGUGCAUGCUCGUCAUCAACGCCAUGUGGUACCGCCGCGAGGAGCAGCCGCUGCGCACCGCCUUCUGGUAUAAUACCUUUGCUGGUGUAUUUGGUGGCAUCUUGUCUUACGCCAUUGGCGGCAUCAAGGGUUCCCUCUCCGUCUGGAAGUACAUCUUUUUGAUUUACGGAGCAGUGACUGUGCUUUUUGGUUUCGUGUUGUUCGUUGCACUGCCAGAUUCUCCGUCCCAGGCGUGGUUCUUCAACGAGGAGGAGAGAAAGCUGGCCAUUGCCCGCCUGGCCUCCAAUCAGACCGGUACAGAUGUCCGCAAGAGAUUUAAUUUCAAGCAGAUCUGGGAAGCUUUCCGUGAUCCAAAGUGCUACUGUGUCUGGGCCUGCGUGUUUGGCUACGCCAUUGCCAAUGCAGGCAUCACCAACUUCAACCCGCUCAUCAUCUCCGGCUACGGGUUCACUCCAACCAAGACGACGCUCAUGGCAACUCCCCAGGCUGCCGUGGCAAUGGUGAGCGGCGCGGUACUGACCGGCAUCUCCUACUUUGUCCCCAACCUCCGAUGCAUAUUCUGGGCCGCUUCGGCUGUUGUCGGCCUCGCCGGCGCGGUCAUGGUGCACUCGCUCGACCCCGUGGCGAGCAGGAACGCGUCCCUCGCGGGUGUGUACAUCAUGGGCUUCUACAAUGUCCCGUGGGUCUUCAUGUUGAGCCUGCAGUCGUCCAACACUGCUGGUGCCACGAAGAAGAGCUUCAUGGGUGUCUCGGUGGCUAUCGUCUACGCUGUCGGAAACAUUGUCGGCCCCCAACUCUUUCUGUCGACUCAAGCUCCACGCUAUCAGCUGGGUAUUGGCGCCAUGAUAUUCGCGUUUGCCCUCAUGGCGGUGGCCGGUAUCCUCUACUACUUGUUGUGCGUCGCAGAGAAUCGCAGGCGCGAUUCGAGUGCGCAAGAGACAGCCACAACCGAGAGCGGAGCUGGGCAUUCUGAUGCAGAUGCGGAAGACUUGACCGAUAUUCAGAACAGGAAAUUCCGAUACACAUACUAGACGUCAGAUCGAUAGACAGCUACACUCAGGACGUGUGAUCACGUAAGCGGAUGUGGUUUGGUAGACAAGGAGUCAUGACCUGUUGCUUCCAAGAACAAAGCGUGAAGAGCUUCAACUCGUUCUACAUCCACCAUAAUAAUGUUGCCCGGCCAUGGAUAUAUGUUUCCAAGGACGUCGAUCGCCAGUGGCGGAGAGCCUCUUACGACAUCGAACCUCUCGCAAAUAAUGGUCUCAUAAUACCAUCGGAAAAUGUCACUC